AUGGGGAUGCUUAAUUUCCUUCUUUUGGCCAGCUGCGCCGCCAAAUUGGCUGCGGCCAAGGACGUCUUCUUGGACUGGAACGUGACCUGGGUCAACGCGUCCCCCGAUGGAUUCGAGCGACCCGUCAUCGGUAUCAAUGGCCAAUGGCCUUGCCCUCAGAUUGACGUGGACGUCGGUGAUCGCUUGAUCGUAGAUGUGUACAACGGUCUGGGCAACCAGUCCACUGGUAUCCACUGGCAUGGCUUCUACCAGUAUGCCACUGGUGUUAUGGAUGGUACCACCGGAGUCACCCAGUGCCCUCUGCCCCCUGGCAAGCACAUGCAGUACCACUUUGCGAUCAACCAAACUGGAACAUACUGGUAUCACUCGCACAACAUGGCCCAGUACCCCGAUGGGUUCCGUGGAGCUCUGAUCGUUCAUGACCCCAAAGCUCCUUUCCACUACGAUGAGGAGUUCACCCUCACUCUGUCCGACUGGUAUCACCGCCAGAUGCCCGACCUGCUCAACGAUUACGAGUCGCGUGAGAACGAGGAGGUCUUCGCAGGCCGUGAGCCACUCCCGGACUCGGCUUUGAUCAAUGAUUCUAGUCAUACGAAGAUCAAGGUCUUGCCCAACAAGACCUACUUGGUCCAUGUCAUUUGCAUUGGCAACUGGCCAGGUCACACUUGGGUCUUCGAUGACCACGAGAUGACCGUUGUCGAGGUCGAUGGAACAUACACUCAGCCGACGCCUGUUGGAGACAAGCUGCUUCGCAUAGCUCCUGGACAGCGCGUGUCUGUCUUGAUUCAUACCAAGAACGAUACCAGCCGAAACUUCGCUAUCUGGGAUACUAUGGAUAUUAACAUGAUGUUCAUCUUCGAAGGCCGUGAGAUUCCGAAAAACUACAACCCCAAUGCGACUGCCUGGCUGGUUUACGACGAGGCGAAGCCCCUUCCCCCGCCCCCGGUGAUGCAUAAUCUCGACCCCGAUCACUUCAUCGACGACGUUAGCUUGGUUCCAUUCGACAAGGAGCCUCUGUUGCAGCCCGUUCAGCACCGGAUCAUAAUGGACACCUACUCGACUGAGAUUAACGGAAUCAAGCGCUUCACCGUGAAUAACAAGACCUACCUUCCUCAGGAGGUGCCCACUCUUUACACCGCGAACACCAUUGGAGCCGACCUUGCCUCGAACCCCGAGGUGUAUGGUCAGGUGAAUCCUUUCAUCGUUAAGUACGGAGAAGUCAUCGAGGUUGUGAUCAACAAUUACCACAACAACCUGCACCCGUGGCAUUUGCACGGCCACCAGUUCCAGGUUCUGCAGAGAACCCCCGUCAAUGGCGGCUACUUCACUGGUCAAUACAAGGAUGUCUCCCCCACCCCAAUUCGCCGCGAUACUAUCAUGGUUCAAAACCACGGCCACGUCGUCAUUCGUUUCCGCGCUGAUAACCCCGGUGUCUGGCUCUUGCACUGCCAUGUGGAAUGGCACGUCGAGGCUGGCUUGAUGGCCACUAUCAUCGAGGCUCCCGAGACCUUCCCUCAGUCCGAGAACCCUCCCCCCCAGAGCCACUACAAUGCUUGCGCUGCCUACCCUGAUCCUUCCAACGGCAACGCCGCCGGCAAGCAAGGGCUUGACUUGUCCGGUGCUAACACUGUGGUUCCCCUCCACAACCAUGGCGCAAUGUACCCGCCAGAAAAGCAGAACGAUGCCGGUCCUCCGCCGUCUCAGGGGCCCAAGCCUACUACUGUGUUGUCCCCGCCUGCCCCUGCUCAGCAAGCUCCCAAGCCGCCGCCGCCGGCGCCCAAGCCUACUGGCCAGCAGCAGCCCCCUCCUCCUCCUCAGCAGCCCGCUCCUUAUCAGCAACCGGCCCCUCAUCAGCAACCGACUCCUCAUCAGCAACCGGCUCCUCAACUGCAACCGGCUCCUCAGCAGCAACCAGCUCCUCAGCAGCAGCCAGCUCCUCAGCAGCAGCCAGCUCCUCAACAGCAGCCCGCUCCCGAGGCCCAGCCGGCUCCUGCUCCCCAGCCUAACGAGGAAGUUCCGCCCGUAGCUGAGGCCGAGCCAGUUGAUUAUUACCCUGCGCCUGUGUCGCCGGCUCCGAGCGAUGAGCCCAUCUACGCGCAAGAGGACGAGUCCAAUGGACCAUGGCCUCAACCUCACACCGACCACAACCAUGCCCAGAUUGGCGAUGGCUCUAAUGGUCCGGCUGAUGUUGCCGAUACUCAGGACGUCAAGGGUCCCUGGCCCAACCCCCACACCGACAAGUCCUACGCUCAAGUCGGCGGUGGACCUGGCGAUGAGCCCAUUGAGGUUACUAAUACCGAUACCAAGGGAUCUUGGCCUUAUCCUCAAAGCAACGAUCAGUCCGUGAAGGACGGAGACACCGUUCUCCAUCAGCACGACAACGGGCCCAACGACCUUCCCAAGGGCUACGAGUACUGGCAGCAGUACGAGCGUCAGUAA